UAUUGCUGCCCUCUGUCCAUCUUUAUUAUUAGCGCUUCGCUCCGCCCUCCUACCUGUAAAUCUCCCCGCUCUCCUCUGGAGCGGAUCUGACAGGCGCUCUCAGCUGGCCGCUCCGUGCCAGGGCUGCAGGGGACCGAAUGGAGACAGCGACAUCCACCCGAGCGCCAGUCCUUUUACGCAGAAUUGACAGCGAAAACGCCCGCAAGAAUAUGUAGUCUUCGGCGCCGCAGUGACAACCAACCAAUUAAUAGAAUUGAAUUACAUCUCUCUCUGUGUUUUCUCGUUUUGUUGCAAACCUUUCACAGUCGAUUGACGCUCCAAGAAAAGUGAAAUCGAUUCUCCGCCUGCUAAUCGACAGGAUCCCUGAAUGGAAGACGGCUAGAGAGGUCGCUUCGCCGAGAACGGGCUGCAACAUUUUUCACUGUCGUUGUGUUUACCAUAAUCCGAAAUUAUCAUUGGCAGCCUCGACGGCUGCAAACGAGGCCGUCUUUACCAUGGCAUUAGGCGUGAAAGAGCCAGAAAACCCUCUCAAAGCGAGAAGCGCCUAAGAUUCGUCAUUAUUGCGGAUUUAAAUGCCUCUCUCCAAGGGCCACCGACCCUCUAUUUUGGUCAGGUUCGCGUGCGCGGUGUGUCACGCUGUCAAGAAUAAACAAUUCAUAGGCUGUUAAUAUACAGAAAGAGACUCCAUCGGGUGGGUGAACAUAAUCUACAGCGAAGAGGGGGAUUUUUUUUUUCAAGCAAUAUGGCUGGUGAGUGGGGCUGGGGACGCUGGCACAGGCUCUCCAAGGCUCCUAAAUGCUAGCUGAGGCAGAUGGCACCGUUCCCCAUGGAAGCGACAGCUCUAUGAGGACAAGCAAUAUCAAUAAUAAUAUAAAUCCGGACUCUUCAAUCUUAAUAUCCAAGAUGGAAGACGUUGUCAUCCCGUUCUCGUCUGAGGUGCCCUGCGACAAUAAUGGACAGCGCAUGUGGUGGGCAUUCCUCGCCUCCUCCAUGGUGACGUUUUUUGGGGGUCUCUUCAUCAUCCUGCUGUGGAGGACUCUGAAAUAUAUGUGGACUGUUUGCUGCCAUUGCAACAUCAAAACCAAGGAGGUUCAGAAGGUGAACAACCCCGCCAACAAUCAGGCAGCAGACAAGGCACUGAAGGGUCCUGAUGAGAAGGAGGAGGCCCCAGCCAGUGAGGUUGGAUGGAUGACUUCAGUCAAAGACUGGGCUGGUGUCAUGAUCUCUGCUCAGACGCUCACUGGCAGAGUUCUGGUGGUGUUAGUCUUUGCACUCAGCAUCGGGGCCCUCGGAAUAUACUUUAUAGAUUCUUCAGAUCCUAUAGAAUCCUGCCAGAACUUCUACAAAGAUUUCACGUUACAGAUCGAUAUGGCCUUCAAUGUCUUCUUCCUUCUUUAUUUUGGUCUGCGGUUUAUAGCAGCCAAUGAUAAGCUGUGGUUCUGGCUGGAGGUCAACUCAGUGGUCGACUUCUUCACUGUUCCUCCUGUGUUUGUCUCUGUCUACUUAAACAGAAGCUGGCUUGGUUUAAGAUUCCUGAGAGCGCUAAGAUUGAUACAGUUCUCGGAAAUCUUACAGUUUUUGAAUAUCUUGAAAACAAGCAAUUCCAUCAAGCUGGUGAACCUGUGUUCCAUCUUCAUAAGCACAUGGCUUACAGCUGCUGGAUUCAUACAUUUGGUGGAAAACUCAGGGGAUCCUUGGGAAAACUUCCAAAACUCCCAGUCACUUUCCUAUUGGGAAUGUGUCUACUUGCUGAUGGUGACUAUGUCUACAGUGGGCUACGGGGAUGUCUAUGCAAAAACCACCUUGGGACGCCUGUUCAUGGUCUUCUUCAUCCUUGGUGGUUUGGCCAUGUUUGCCAGCUACGUCCCUGAAAUCAUAGAGUUAAUAGGAAACCGCAAGAAAUAUGGUGGUUCCUAUAGUGCGGUUAAUGGGAGAAAGCAUAUUGUGGUCUGUGGUCAUAUUACCCUCGAAAGUGUCUCCAACUUCCUCAAAGACUUCCUACACAAGGACAGGGAUGAUGUCAAUGUAGAAAUUGUUUUUCUCCAUAAUAUUUCCCCUAAUCUUGAGCUGGAAGCCUUGUUCAAACGGCAUUUUACCCAAGUAGAGUUCUACCAGGGAUCUGUUCUCAACCCUCACGAUCUGGCCCGAGUGAAGAUCGAGUCAGCAGAUGCCUGCUUAAUCCUUGCCAAUAAAUACUGUCCAGAUCCUGAUGCUGAAGAUGCCUCCAACAUCAUGAGGGUCAUCUCAAUCAAGAACUACCAUCCCAAGAUCAGAAUAAUCACACAGAUGCUACAAUACCACAAUAAGGCACAUCUGCUGAACAUUCCGAGCUGGAACUGGAAGGAGGGUGACGAUGCUAUCUGCCUGGCAGAGUUGAAGGCAGGCUUCAUUGCCCAGAGCUGUCUGGCCCAGGGCCUGUCAACCAUGCUGGCCAACCUCUUCUCCAUGAGGUCCUUCAUUGAGAUUGAGGAGGACACAUGGCAGAAGUAUUACCUUGAAGGAGUGGCUAAUGAGAUGUACACAGAGUAUUUGUCCAGUGCCUUUGUGGGCCUCUCCUUCCCCACUGUCUGUGAGCUGUGUUACGUGAAGCUGAAGCUGUUGCUUAUUGCCAUCGAAUACAAGUCUGAGCAGAGAGAGAGCAGAAGCCGAAAGCGCAUCCUCAUCAACCCGGGCAACCAUGUCAAGAUGCAGGAGGGAACACUGGGAUUCUUUAUCGCCAGUGAUGCCAAAGAAGUAAAGAGAGCUUUUUUCUACUGCAAAGCUUGUCAUGAUGACAUCACAGACCCCAAACGGAUCAAGAAGUGCGGAUGCAAACGACUGAUUUAUUCCAAGAUGUCCGUCUACAAACGAAUGAAACUGGCAUGUUGUUUUGAUUGCGGCCAUUCAGAGCAAGACUGCUCUUGCAUGUCAGGCAGUGUACAUAGUAACAUGGACACCCUUCAGAGGGCCUACCCACUUUCCUCUGUCUCUGUUCAUGAUUGCGCAACCACUUUACGUGCCUCCAAAUAUAAGUAUAAUGGAUAUGUCAGAUCACUCGAAGACGAGCAUCCAUCAACUCUCUCGCCCAAAAAAAAGCAGCGCAACGGAGGGAUGCGAAACUCACCUAACUGCUCGCCCAAAAUGAUGAGACACGACCCCCUUCUAAUUCCUGGAAAUGAGCAAAUCGAAAACAUGGACAUGAACGUGAAGAGGUAUGACUCGACAGGGAUGUUUCACUGGUGCCCAUCAAAAGACAUCGAAAAAGUCAUCCUGACCCGGAGUGAAGCCUCCAUGACGGUGCUGAGCGGCCAUGUAGUGGUCUGUAUAUUUGGGGAUGUCACGUCCGCUUUAGUGGGGCUGCGAAACUUGGUGAUGCCUUUAAGAGCCAGCAACUUCCAUUAUCAUGAACUAAAGCCUAUAGUCUUUGUGGGCUCUCUGGAUUACCUGCGAAGAGAAUGGGAAACUUUACACAACUUCCCCAAGGUCUCCAUCUUACCUGGUACACCAUUAAGUCGGGCAGAUUUAAGGGCUGUCAACAUCAACCUCUGCGACAUGUGUGUAAUACUGUCAGCCAAUCAGAACAAUAUCGAAGACGCCUCACUUCAGGAUAAGGAAUGCAUCUUGGCAUCACUCAACAUCAAGUCUAUGCAGUUUGAUGACAGCAUCGGGGUCUUACAGGCUAAUUCCCAAGGUUUCACGCCUCCUGGAAUGGACAGGUCAUCUCCAGACAGCAGUCCAGUACAUGGCUUUGUGCGGCAGGCUUCCGUCACCACCGGAUCCAACAUCCCCAUCAUCACAGAACUAGUGAACGACUCAAACGUUCAGUUCCUGGACCAAGAUGAUGAUGACGACCCAGACACAGAGCUGUACCUCACUCAGCCCUUCGCCUGCGGCACUGCCUUCGCUGUCAGUGUACUCGACUCCCUGAUGAGCGCGACAUACUUCAACGACAACAUCCUCACGCUGAUUCGGACGCUGGUCACAGGGGGAGCCACACCAGAGCUUGAGGCUCUGUUGGCUGAGGAGAACGCUCUCAGAGGAGGCUACAGCACACCGCAGACACUGGCUAACAGAGACAGGUGUCGCGUCGCCCAGCUAGCCCUCUACGAUGGGCCAUUUGCCGACUUGGGGGAUGGCGGCUGCUACGGGGAUUUAUUCUGUAAAGCAUUGAAGACGUACAACAUGCUGUGUUUUGGAAUCUACAGAUUAAGAGACGCUCAUCUCAGUGUACCGAGCCCGUGUACAAAACGAUAUGUGAUCACAAACCCACCGUAUGAGUUUGAGCUGGUGCCCACAGACCUGAUCUUCUGCCUCAUGCAGUUUGACCACAACGCGGGCCAGUCCCGAACAAGCUUGUCCCACUCUUCCCACUCCUCUCAUUCCUCCAGCAAAAAGAGCUCCUCCAUCCACUCCAUCCCGCCCUCCAACCGGCAGAACCGCAGCAGUAAGACCCGGGAGGCCCGCGACAAACAGAAUGCAACAAGGAUGAAUAGAAUGGGCCAAGAAAAGAAAUGGUUUACAGAUGAACCGGAAAAUGCCUACCCACGGAACAUUCAGAUCAAGCCCAUGAGCACUCACAUGGCCAACCAAGUCAACCAAUACAAAUCCACUAGUAGUCUGAUUCCACCAAUCAGAGAAGUUGAAGAUGAAUGCUGAACACCAGGUUUUCUUGCUGACUCACCAGACAUCUGUGCGCUCUUUCUGAAGAGAUGGGGAAGACAUCACCAUUGGAGGAAUGAUGAUGAUGAUGAUGAUGAAAAUGAUGAUAAUGAUGAUGGGGGUGUUGAAGACUGACACAUUUCUCUUCACUCAUUCUUCUAAACGAGAGUUGGACAGGAACCCAAACUGGAAGGGACCUCCUAUGUGUAUACCUUUAACGUUACUUCCAUGCUCUUGGACAUUGUUUUAUUUAUUAAUGUAUCCAUAGAGAUGUACAUAAUGACAAUCAAAUAAGGAUUGUACAGCCCCUCCCCCCUAGCACUUUUUGGAAUUAUUUUAAGAGUUGACAAAAAAAAAAAGAGUACUUCCUGUAAUUUGCAAUAGUUCACCUCUUCGUGUGACCAGACUCCAUGGCUAAGGUGACUGGUUAUUGGAGGAUGAGGGUUGCAGCGAUCAUAUCAUCUCCCAAAGAUUCACCCAGAUGCGUCACAUCAAACCAGCUGGGCUCAUCGACUCCACAUCUCCUGUCUGCUUCUGUUCUAUUUGCACUAAAACUGAACAAGUUACUUUCUGGCAGAACAACUGGAACCGUGAGACCCCUCCACCAGUAAAAAUGUCUCCUAGGAGAUGAAGGAAGCAAGGAAGGAAGGGAGGAAGGGAGGGAGGGCUGCUUGGCUUUGGAGGCAUACUAAUCUUGCUUUUAGGUUGUUAUACAUCAUGUCAUUGCUUAAGGUUUGCUACUUCACCGUUGACUCGUCAUGUUGAGUGAGAGCAUUCCAGUCCUGCAGUACAAAGUCAUCUUGCAAAACAGUAGUCUAAAACUCAGAGAAUGGUGCAGAGUUGGUGUAUGCUGGCUGAAAGAAAACCCUGUACCUACAUGUCUCCUGCUGAUACGUCAGAUCAUGACGCCUGUGACUGUGUUUCAAGCUCCUAUCGCAUGAUAUGUGCCUGAGCCCCCUCUAUAACAGAUACAGUGCGGUUGAUCAACCUGAAUACAUGAGAAGGACGAAAAACAGCCUACCCUGUCCUUCAUGCGUUCAGGACACGCUGUGUGUGUGUGUGUGUGUGUGCGUGUGUGUGUGUGUGCGUGUGUGUGUGCGUGCGUUGCAGCCACUCGUCCUUCUGGUGUUGCGCUGAUCAGUGCCGUCAUCCCCCCAUCGGCUUGUAUGUGAUGGUGCACCUUUGAAGGAACAGCAUGUGGGAUCUUAGCUCUAAAAAAAAUAAGUCAUGGUAGAAAAACAGUAGAACAGUGUGGAGGGUUUGGAUCUACUAACAAAAAUAGUAUGUUGCAUUAAAAAAGCAAACUGAAAUCCCCAACUAUGAUUGAGCCGAGCUAAUAUCAGCAGCAGCUGCGUGUCCACCGUUAACGCUACGCCGUGAAAUCUGCGGCAGAAUUGGGAUCACGAAGAAGAGUGGUGUAUUAUCUGAAUGUUUUGUCUGUUACAAAAAGCUCAUGUCUGAGGAAUGAAAUGCCACAUAUUGCAUAAAAGUGGGCAUUAAUGGGUCCUCCUUUGAUCAGAGCAACUGCCUGGCACAGGGUUGGCACAGAGGCAAUAAAGAGCUUGGAUGUUCUCUGUUGCCAAUCCAGAUGUCACACGCUUGAAAAAACUCUCAGGAGUUAAGCUGCUGUGCUCGGUCUCCUAACAUGGGGAAAUGCUCAAACAUAGUUGGGAGGAAAUGCAACAAUACCACAGACUUGCUAAUAAGGACACAAGAGAGGAACAUGUGUUCUUUAUGCUAGCCUGUGUGCACAUGGUUUGCCACUGAUAGAUCCAAAUCCAGCUGUGAUAAUGAUGAAGGAUUGAGGAGGUAGCCUUGUACUCCUAAAACAAUACAAAUGUGUAGUUGGAUUUAUACAUAUAAACAUUUUAUUUUGUAUCCAUAAGCAUAAUCAAUUUGUACUUAUUUUUAUAGACAGGAACCAAGUGAAAAGUACUAUAGGAGAUAAAGAAAAAAACUCAAUUAGUAUCUUUAAUUACAACUACAUAUCAGUGGAUUUUGUGUUUGACUACAUCACCAUUUAUUUCACAUCAUACUAAAACAAAACGUUAUUUUUUUAUUCCCCUGCUCCCUCUUUAACAAACUGCAUCACUCUGGAGCUAAUAAAGCUUAGACUAGCUUGCAUUGUGAAGCCACCAUCUUCAGCCUGGCAGCUCGGCUCUGUUGAGUGCUUGUAGAAAUAAAUUUAGGCUCAUCCGAAGCCUCUUUUGGUUGGACAGAUGAGCCAUGUCUACGACUAAAUAAUGUGUCUGCGACUAAGCAUCCCUAGCUGUGAACAUGCAGACAGAAAGAUAGGUGUAAAGGAGUUAUGUAUCAGGGGGGUAAAUGCUGUAUCUAGAUGGAGAGCAGAUCAGAGUGGUGAUAAUAAUUAGAAGAUCAUUGAGUCGCUCCCUCUGUGUGCAGGCCAGAACUGAAUGACCUUCAUUAGAUGUGUUUGACCUAAAUUAGGUCCCCAGUGUGAAGGAAGAGUGUGUACACUACAGCACAGUGUGCUAGUGAUUUCCACUAAAUAUGAUUUCUAAUAUGACAGGGAGACACUGUUUAUUGCAGUGAUUCUCCUCUAAAGAGUGUAAAAGAAAAGUAUUUAUUAAGAAAAAAAAAAACAAUUUUGGAAAAUGGAAAAGAACAUAAUAUUGUGCUAAAUAUGUUUGUGUAAAUUCAACCCAUUAUAUAGACCACAUUUCUUUCUCAAACUGAAUGAUCUGAGCUUCAAUGUCCGUCUAUUGGGUGUGGUGCAACUAUACUGAAGCCUCAUACACAUUUGUCUUGAAGUGAACUUUUGAACUGUGAUUACAUCGUUGUCAAACUUUGUAGCAAAUAGAUUUCUUUUCAGAAAAUAUGUGAGUAAAAUGUAUGUAUAAUUGGGUUGUUAAUGGCAUACUUGCUAGCCUGAACAAUAAGGAACUAUUAAUAUUUGGUAAUGGCAAUGACUCAUUAUACAUAGAAUCGACAAACUGAUUGUUAUGUUUAAAAAAAAAAAGAAAAAAAAAGACAAUAUUUUGAAAAUGAAAGAUCCUGGAUUCUCAUAGGAAUGAGGAGACUAUUCAAGUACUGUAUGUGACACAUGGAGAAGAAUUUGAUCUAGAAGGAUGGAAGGUAGCACCAAUUCAGCAAAGGUUAUCAAAAGAGAGAACAUCCUUAAUUUUCCUGUUUUUAUUACAUUAUUACAGGGUUUACAUUCCAUUUUGUCAGCUUGUCAUUAUCUGCCACAAUCUGUCACAACUGCUCCUUAUUUGUUUACAGAGUAUUUUUGAGGUAAUUAAACAUAGCAUUGCUCAGAAGUAAAACGGCACAUGCUGCAAACUGGCAUUAACACAAACUCCUAAAGUAAUGCACCACUGGUUUUCAUUACACUUGAUUACUGUGCUUUUUCUACCUGAGCCGUCAUUGUGCAACUCAUUCAGGCUGGCAUUAUUCACAACACUGAGAUGUCUCUCCUUCCUACACCUUGUCAUACGUCUCUUUUAGAUGUUUUUAGGUCUUUGCAUUGUAUACCUCUAAAGUUUUUAGAGUGUUUUUUGAAGUGCCAUGAAAAGUUUAGUUGAGCAAGCAUCCUUCAGUCAUUCAGGGACACAGACUCACUUUUAGGGAGCUGAGUCCAAGUGUUUUCCACUGUGAAAACGGUGUCUUGUACUGACAUGGAGAACAUCCAAGCCAUCAAUGCCUCCAUGCCAGUAUAGUGCCAGGCAGUGCAGGAGGUCAAGAGGAGGGCCCAUAUUAAGUCCCACUAUAGCGAGAAGUGGCAUUCAGGAAGCCGGGGUAAGACAGAUGUUGAGCCCCUGGUCGUCAAACCACACAUAUCAUCUCUGCUGUGUGUUUGGUUACAGGUUAUCAGGUUGUGUCAUGUAGUGUAGUUAGAUAUGGAUGACUGAAAGAUGCACAUAGAGGCCCAUGUCUGUAACAUCAGAUGUGUUGUUGUCCACUUAACAAAUCAAAGACUAUGAUGCGUCAUACAUUACUGUUACAGUAUGUUGCAUUAUUUUUGUUAAUCUAUUUUUUGCUGUAAAGGAUGGAUAUAAUAACUUAUUUGCUGGGAAUUGUACUAGAUAUAAUAGAAUAUAUAAUACUUAUGGGGAUGGGAGGUGGGUCUCAAGUCUUAAUAAUACAUUAAAAUUGCAUUCGGCAAUUUUUAUGUUUUUUUUUUAAGAAAACUUGCAAUUUUUGUUAAUUUUUGGCUGCCUAUCAGUUAAGGAAGAAUUCAGGACAUUGCUCUUGCGUAUCACAGAUAGAAUUUGUUGGCACAUCGUCAUUGCAGCAAACAGGAGUUUGACAUAGCAGUCUAAUUAGUUUUGGAUGUGUUCUAGAUAUGAUGGAUAAAUUGAUUAUUUGAUGGUGCUGAGUUGAUCUACCUGACUCUGUCAAAUAUAAUCUGCUGAUAAAUAUACUGUCUUGUACAAAAAGUUUGUACAUAGAUUGUACAUGGUUUCUUUUUGUAUUUUCUCAAAUUAAAAUGGAUGUAUUUGUGUUCUAAA